UAAAUGGAUCUAAAGACAGCCGUGUUUAACGCAGCGCGCGAUGGCAAACUCCGGCUCCUCACCAAGUUGCUGGCUAGCAAAUCUAAAGAGGAGGUUUCCUCCUUGAUCUCGGAAAAAACAAAUGGGGCCACACCACUCUUGAUGGCUGCUAGGAAAAGUCACCUCGACAUGGUGGAGUUCCUUCUAGAGCAGUGCAGUGCUUCCAUAGAAGUCGGGGGCUCUGUCAAUUUCGAUGGGGAAACCAUCGAGGGGGCCCCCCCUUUAUGGGCCGCUUCUGCAGCAGGGCAUCUGAAGGUUGUCCAGUCUUUGUUAAAUCACGGAGCGUCUGUCAACAACACGACUUUAACCAAUUCAACUCCUCUUCGAGCUGCGUGCUUCGAUGGCCAUUUGGAAAUUGUGAAGUACCUUGUAGAACACAAAGCCGAUUUGGAGGUGUCCAACCGACAUGGGCAUACAUGCUUGAUGAUUUCAUGCUACAAAGGACACAAAGAGAUUGCUCAGUAUUUACUUGAAAAGGGGGCAGAUGUUAAUAGAAAAAGUGUUAAAGGCAACACUGCAUUGCAUGAUUGUGCAGAAUCUGGAAGCUUGGACAUCAUGAAGAUGCUGCUUAUGUAUUGUGCCAAGAUGGAAAAAGAUGGCUAUGGAAUGACUCCUCUUCUUUCAGCAAGUGUGACUGGUCACACCAAUAUUGUGGAUUUUCUCACACACCAUGCCCAGACCAGCAAGACAGAACGCAUCAAUGCUCUGGAGCUUCUGGGAGCUACAUUUGUAGAUAAAAAAAGAGAUUUACUUGGGGCUUUGAAAUACUGGAAAAAGGCAAUGAACAUGAGGUACAGUGAUAGGACUAAUAUAAUUAGUAAACCAGUUCCACAGACACUAAUAAUGGCUUAUGAUUAUGCCAAGGAGGUAAACAGUGCAGAAGAAUUAGAAGGCCUUAUUGCUGAUCCUGAUGAGAUGAGAAUGCAAGCGCUGUUAAUUAGAGAGCGUAUUCUCGGGCCUUCUCAUCCUGAUACCUCUUACUACAUUAGAUAUAGGGGCGCUGUAUAUGCCGACUCUGGAAAUUUUAAGCGAUGCAUCAACCUAUGGAAGUAUGCUUUGGAUAUGCAGCAGAGUAAUCUCGACCCUUUAAGCCCAAUGACUGCCAGCAGCUUACUGUCUUUUGCAGAACUCUUUUCCUUCAUGCUACAGGACAGGGCUAAAGGCUUGCUGGGUACUACUGUUACAUUUGAUGACCUCAUGGGCAUACUGUGCAAAAGCGUCCUUGAAAUUGAGCGAGCUAUCAAACAAACUCAGUGUCCAGCUGACCCAUUGCAGUUGAAUAAGGCUCUUUCCAUCAUUUUGCACUUAAUUUGCCUAUUAGAAAAAGUUCCGUGUACUCUAGAACAGGACCAUUUCAAAAAGCAGACUAUCUACAGGUUUCUUAAACUGCAUCCAAGAGGAAAGAAUAACUUCAGCCCUCUGCAUCUGGCUGUGGACAAGAAUACUACAUGUGUAGGGCGGUCCUUGCAAGUUACUGCGAUACUGAUAGAAUGUGGUGCUGAUGUGAACGUCAGGGACUCUGAUGACAACAGUCCCCUACAUAUUGCUGCUCUGAACAACCAUCCAGACAUCAUGAAUCUCCUUAUUAAAUCAGGUGCACAUUUUGAUGCCACAAACUUACACAAACAAACUGCUAGUGACUUACUGGACGAGAAGGAGAUAGCUAAAAAUUUGAUCCAGCCCAUAAAUCAUAUCACAUUGCAGUGUCUUGCUGCUCGUGUCAUCGUGAAUCAUAGAAUAUAUUAUAAAGGGAAUAUCCCAGAAAAGCUAGAGACCUUUGUUUCACUUCAUAGAUGAUAAUUCGAACUGUACUUCAACACUGUUAAAGCACGACUUGGUAACAGUUGUUUCAUAAAUGAGCACUGUUGUGAUAACACCAGCAUUCAUUUAGCUUGAUAUCAUUGUGCUCUCAUUGGCUAAAGCAUUGUAAGCAUCAAAUUUGCAGGGUUGGUUUCCCAGUAUUUAAUAUAAAUAUACCGUAUAAUAUAUUGUUUGUGAAUUAUUGAGAAAUGUGAUGUCAUAUUCAAAUUUCUAAAACUGUCUGCCAAAGGCCAUUCUGGUUUUGUUGGCUGUUGGGUGUUAGGGACAGAGUUAACUGUUUUCAGUGAUGUCUUUAUACUUUACUAGUUUGUGAAUUUUAUACAGUUGAAAGUCAUCCUACCCGGCUCCCUUCUUCCGUCUUCAAGUUUUGCCCAUUUCCACUUUUUUUUUCCUCCCUAACCAUUUCGGCUACAAUGUUCCCCGAACCUUUGGAUCCAUGCUAGGUCAUAAACCUUAUGGACUUGUUCACCAUUUGCAGUUACCAUAAGUGCUUUAUCUUCUCUAUGCACCGGCUUAAACUGGACUGUUGUGUGUUGGCAUAUUCUCUAUGCAGCAGUUGGUCAACUUCAACUCAAAACACUGUUUUCUUAAGUUACGGAGUUCAUGUCACAAGAGCACUCUUAGAGCAUGUCAGUUUUUAGAGUUGCCGGUAAGCAAGUUAAGCUCAAGCUUUCAUUUUAUGUUUUGUUUGGUUUUGCUUUGUUUCUUCACAUCUGAGGUUUCUUUCUUCAAUCUACAGGAAGUUUUUUAAUAUUCUAAAUUUGGGAAACAAAUCUAUUACAACUCAUUAACCCAGUUGGAAUUUAGGUCUGUCAUCUUAGUAUAUCGUGCAGUAAAGGAAGACCUUUCAAAAGUGACCUGCCUCUCAUACUGCUCCAGCGUUGUCCUGCUUGUGCUGAUGGUGUGACUAGGUAUAGAGAAUUUGCUUCAAUUUAACCUCAGAGUUUAUCACACAGCUUAAUGAGUCACAUUGGGCUAUUCAGUGAUUGAACUGCAGAUCACUUUUAGUUACAAAAAGGCUAAAGCAUGUCAGUGGCAUGAUGCUUGCCAAGCCAGAUCUAGGCAUCUCAGAUAAUUAAGGUAUUUUAGUAUGCAAUUUACUGCCAUAGUAUCAAAGGUCAAUAACAGUGUUCUUUUUUUUUUCUUCAAGUUUAUGUAUAUCUUUUAAAGAUAACGUGCAUGAAUUACUUUGAUCUCAAUUAUUUGUCGCCCUAUUAAACACAAAAGAUUGCACAGUGAUUUCUGUCCCCUUAAUGAAAGCGCCUCCUUUCCUUCUUUCCCCUCCCAGCCACUUCCCCUACCCCCAGCUCUUUCUUCCCUCUCCCUCUCUCUUUAUUUUUUUUUCCUAUCAAAGAUUUGUUAAUGCCACAGAAAGGGCUCUUUUGACUUAAGAAAAAAUAAGUGAAAAUUCAAAAGAUUCAGGUAAUCACUCAGCACUUUACCGUAUUCAGUAAAAUUUACAAUGGUACAUUGCCCUGAAAAAUGUAGUAAAAAUAAUUGUUCUGAAUGAAAUGCUCCUUAUUGAUUCUAGAAAACCAGUCAGUUCACCUGUGAACUUCGUGAUCUGGGUCACUUGGAUUUAGGGGAUGACAUUUUAUUCUGAGGGUUGAUGUAAUGUUACUUAAAGAAUUGUCAUUGCAAUCGCAUUCAUCUUUAUUCAGUAAAAAUUUGUAAUGAAGGGUAGUGAAUAAAGACCAUUAGACUUUUUCAUUAAACAAUUGAGGUUUAAUUCUUUAAAAGGUAUCUUUACUCAUUUUACUACAUUUUAAAUUAAAUUUUACCAUUGGAAGAAUGGAUUAGUUAUCAAUGGGAUCUUUUCAACUCUUUGAUGAAGAGGUUUUACUAUGUUUUAUUUGUUUUGGGCAAGUCUGAUAUGAUAUUUGAGCUGCUAUAUAUAAGAAUAAUAUGCCAUUUAGACAGGUAUUCUAGAAAUAUCAAACUUUAGAAGUCAUCUGCCUCUAAUUUUAUGGUAUAAAAAUUAUAUGUGAACUACUAUUUUUUUAAAAGAAAACUUGGCCAUUUUGGUGAAUUAUCAUUGGUUGAUCUCACUUUGGGGUAAAAGAUGACAAUUUGACUUAAAGGGAUUUAAUAUCUGCCUCCCUGCUUGGCCCAAAGAAUCUGACUUACAUGUUCUUAGCAAAAGUCUCAUUCUAAGGCUCACUGUUGUACAGGUGGACUUGAAUUUCAUAACCCCAUAUGAAAUAAGGAUGUCUUCACAUAGUGGCUUCCUUCAAGAACAGAUAACUUAGAACUGGUCUUAGUCUUGAAAACCCAGUGCUAUAUUGUAGUCAGGAUGUGGCUCUCCCUUUUCUGUUUGCCCACUCCAGAAAUGCCACUGGUAGCUCUUGAAAAGGCUGUUAAGUAGCUGAAAAUUAGCCAUGAUUUUAUUUUAGAGUAAGUUGGUUCAGGAGUGCAACCUCAUAACUGUUAGGGUCUUCCUCCGAAAAUCGUGAGACCAAAUAAUAUAAAAUUCUCAAGUUUGUGGGUUUGUUUUUGUCCAUGGUGAAGAAAUGAUCUAAUUGUAUUCAUUUGAAUCAAACUAAACUGGACAUUGUAGCAUGAUAGUAUUGACUGGUAUUAAUGUUUAAAUCUCAACAAUGUUUCUCCAAAAAUGCCUCUGAAUUUCAGAUGUUCUACAAUUUUGAUCAUUUUUUUGUAAGAGAAAUGGUUAUUUUGUUCAGAUACCAGUCUCCUUCCUAAAGGCAAAUGAACUGCAGUUUUAAAAAUGUCAUUGUUUUCUUAUCCUUAAGUCUGACAAGCAUAAGCCCCAAUCAGCAAGAUAAUUUGGUACCCUUUAUGAUUUUGAAGUUAGGUGAUUGCUCAUUUACAAAGAAUUUGUAAUAUUUCAAAAAGCCCCAUUUACUAUAAGUUGAGAAAUUGUUCAGGUUGUAUUUUGAAAUUUAGCUUCUUAAAAUCAAAUUGUCCAGCAAAACUCCUCAGCUGAAUGUGCAGGUGUUUAUCCCUGUAAGUAGUUCCCAGCAGGGGCUGGUUGAGGAGUUAGUGUUCUUACACCCUUGUUGGCAGCACCAUUGCUUGGAACCUGAACCACUUUAAAGUUAGGAACUAAGGAAACUUGAAGUGCUGGUCAUCUUCUUUCUUCUCUUUUCCCUUGUGUAUCACUAAACAACUAGCUUCUCUCCCUUUUGUUGUGUAUCUUUAUUUUAAAAGAAGUACUGUAUCCAGAUGCCAGCCAAUAAAUUGCCACACAAUGAAAAAAGCGAUAUGCCAUAGCAUUGUAAGGUUUAAUAAAAUUAAGUUUGCACCAAA